AUGUCUGGAAACACCAAGGCCUUCUUCGACGUCGAGUACACCCCCUCCGGCCAGGCCUCCCCCAAGGUCGGCCGCAUCAACUUCAACCUCUAUGAGGCUGAUGUUCCCAAGACCGCCCGCAACUUCCGUGAGCUCUGCACCAAGCCCGUCGGCGAGGGCUACAAGGGCUCCGGCUUCCACCGCGUGAUCCCCCAGUUCAUGCUCCAGGGUGGUGACUUCACCCGCCACAACGGUACCGGUGGUCGCUCCAUCUACGGCGAGAAAUUCCCCGAUGAGAACUUCAAGUACAAGCACACUCGCCCCGGUCUGCUGUCCAUGGCCAACGCCGGCCCCAACACCAACGGCUCCCAGUUCUUCAUCACCACCGUUGUCACUUCUUGGCUCGAUGGCAAGCACGUCGUCUUCGGCGAGGUCGCUGAUGCCGAGUCCAUGCAGGUUGUCAAGGAGAUCGAGGCUCUCGGCUCCUCCAGCGGCUCCAUUCGCUCUGCCAAGAAGCCCACCAUUGUCGACUGUGGUGAGUUGUAA